AUGCCUUCCGUUGACGACCACUAUUACCCUACCGACUCGUCCUUUUUGGACCGUCUGAUAGAUCAAUCAACGCGCCGCACUUUCAAGAAACAGAAGUACUCAUACGAUUUCGAUUCCGACAUGGCUUUCUUCACCUCAGCUUCCACCCAGCAUCUUGUUCCGCCUUCCGCACCCGUACGCAAACGAAGCCAACGUUAUGCCCAAUCCCAUGACGACAUCGACGACUUCCUUUCGUCGGACCUCGAGCUUUCCUUCGCAUCCAAUGUCUCGCUCCAUUCUCCCCCUCGGAAAGACCUCGAUUUAAUGCCCGACUGUGAACCUAUGGACAUCUCUCCUGCCCCUCCUCCAAAGACCACCCAUUCCCGAUUGUCUGCCAAUGGCAGCUCAAAACUGCAGUCACGUCCACGUGCAUCGACUAGUGCAGGUCGUUUAUUUGGCAGUGAUAUCAGCAACAAUAGCCAGUCACUGCUCCCCAGCCCCAACCUCGCUGCUGUUCCCUCAUUGAAGUCAGCAGGUUCUACCCACUCGGCUGCAAAGAGGACGCAACGUUCAGCACUUCCGACGGAAUGGUUUUUAGCACCGAAAUCGGCUCCACCACCGGAGGUUUCUUCCCCGAUGGGUGACCCCAUGGAUGUCGAUACCUCCUAUGUUAUUGACACGGCACCAGCACCAGUUUCAUUCCAACCCGUUCCACAAUCAGCGGCCCCCACCGUAACCGCUUUCGACACGCUUUUCUACGACACGAUGUCUCCCCGCCGUUCUUUUGAAUCGCCUGCUGGACCGCAGCACAAAAAGCGUCGAUCCCUCUCACCUGAUCCGGGACGUAUUCCAGUCCAAGAGCCCUCUUCUUCGCCGAUGGUACCAUCUUCGCCUUCCCAGGGUAAGCUCGAACGGAUGAGCGGGGGACCAUCACUGUUUCGCCUCAAUAGCAAGCCCACUCUCCAGGGACUUGGUGCACCUUCAUCCAAUUUUCUGAAGCGACCCCGCAGGCCUGCUCUGUCUGCAAUGGUUUCGCCGUCUGAUCACGCCAUACAGUCUGCGUAUCCCAUCUUGUCAUCCGCCACCGGCUCUCCUGGUGACGCUGCCAGCCCUGUCGGUGCUCCGCCUGUCCGUCGGGCGUUCUCUGCUCUGAUUCCCAACUCUAUUUUUCCUGAGCAUGAGUCGGAUGAAUCUUCAUUCGAUGGUCCUGACAUGUCCUCGCCUGCACAGGCAUACUCUCGGCGUCAGCAAGUCAAGACGGUCAGAAGGUGUGAUGGGACGGAAGAUUUUAGGCCUCUGACUGGUGCAACAGCGAUGGUGCAAAAGGAAAGUCCUUCUGCCAAAUUCAUGGCUGCAGGAUUGCCAGGGUUCGGAGACAAUGAGUCUCAUGGAAAGAUCCUGCCUUGUCAUCGCGUGACUGAAGACGGACUCAUGAGGAUCAACAGUCAAACGCUUAACGACCUCCUUGAUAACAAGUACGACUCUGAAAUAACUGACUUUCAUGUGAUAGACUGUAGGUUCGACUACGAGUACAACGGGGGUCAUAUCCCGGGCGCGGUCAACAUCAACACCACUGCUGCUGUUGAAGAACUUUUACUUGGUCCCAGCUUGACAAAGCCUAGGCCGUCCGUGAGUGGCGACAAAACAAGAAAGACUGUUCUUGUUUUCCAUUGCGAGUUCAGUGCUAAGCGGGCUCCGACUUUCGCUAAGCACUUGCGUGCCAAGGAUCGUUCUAUGAACAAUCAUGUAUAUCCGAAGAUCUGCUAUCCUGAGGUGUACAUCCUUGAGGGGGGUUACUGCCAAUAUUUCAAAACUUCGGCUCAUCGCUGCGAACCGGCGAAUUAUGUUACGAUGGACGAUCCAAAUUAUGCAUCAUCCCGCCGAGAGGAUCUGGAUCAAUUCCGUAAGGCCAGGUUUGGUCGCCACAAGUCUUAUGCAUAUGGCGAUGGACCCAGCAAAACGUCCCUUGCUUCUCAGCAACUUCAGCAACCAAAGCGUAACACUGCACCUAGUGCACCUCCUUCUCUUUUUGCUGCAGCUACAGCAGCUCGCAGCCGCCGUGGUGGAGGUGCUUCUUUGAUGACUCUUGUGGAAGAUUGUAAUGUCACCGCCGAUGCGGAUGACACGGAUACCGAUAUUGGUGACAGUCCCUGUCCGCCACCCACGAAGGCCGCUGUAUUUAAAACCAAGAAAAAUGGACGAGGGCCUCUCGUGCGCGCAGAAACUUACAACCCUGAUCACGGAAAGUUACGCCUCACUCAUGCCCCCCGAAACACCACUAUCUACGACCACUCACGAGUUCAUAACUUCCGCCAUGAUCCCAUCGAGGCUUUCCAAGCCAUUGUACUCUGGCGCGCCAUUCGUUCGAUAUUCGCCAUUUUUCUUGCACACAAAUUAGGGCUACCACAUAACAAGCCCUUGGCUAACAGCAACAUGCUGUUUUCCAGAACGCAUUUAACCACCCACACCCAACCAUGCCUCUUCAUACCUUUCUGGCGCAGCAAUAUGUCACAUCCUCAAUCGCAGUUAAUGCCGGACUUGAUUUCGGUCCACCAGCUGCAUGGACUACAGACUCACUCACCUUGCCUUUUUUCAUCUCUUAGCAUUGUCAUCUUCUCAUCAUUCAUCUUCAUUCCAUCUUCUCCAUCCAGAUCUUCAUUCUGA